AUGUUCAACUUCGUCGUCGAUAUCAACUUCAUACCUCCUACGGAGUCCCCCAUCCUCUGCGCCCCGAGAAGUGCCGACUCCGCUGGUAUUCGUGUCGGCAAGCAGAUGGGACGCCGCCUCAUCAAGUGGGUAAGUAGAUACCCGGAGAAAUCUCAAGGGAUCAAGCUUAAGUAUUUACGCUCGGAUAAUGGAAGAAUGACCGAAUUUGCCUCCAUGCUUGCGGAGCGUGGCUUCACUUGCCUGGAGGUAGAUUUAGCUCCACCGAAGGAUAGGCAAUCCAAUGCAGACACUUUGAUGCAUUAUUUUGGGACCGAGCUUUCAUCUCACAUUCGACUGUGUGCAAUACCCUUUCCCCCGGUUAUCUUUGCACGCUCCUUCGGCUCACUCAUCGCUCAAACCUACAUCUCAUCCUAUCCCGCGUCCGGUCUUCUGCUCAUCUCCCCUCCAGUUUCCAAUGAAGCUGUACCAUCUGCUCUACUGCCUUCUUCUUUAAGAGAGUUUGACUUCGAGCCGAAGUUCCCUUGCGGUAUACUGUACGCACAAGGAGAGAUGAAGCGAUUGGAACACAAUCGGCUCUGGAGAGAUCCCAACGUCGACAGGCUAAUGGUGAAAGAUACAGGAGCUAUCGACGGACGAGAAGGCCAGGCAAAAAUCGAGCAAUGGCUAGAUGAGAUUGGGGUCUAG